AAGGGGUCAGUGAAGCCCCCUACUUUUUUGGGGGGGGUGGUGGUGCUGGGGAUCGAAUCUGUCUUAUACAUGCUGGGCAAGAGCUCUGUCAGAGCUACAUCCCCACCCGGCUCACCCUCGUUUCCAAGGUGAGUUGUCCUGACCAAACUUUGGGCCUCUUUGGCAGCAGGCUGGCCACGUGGCUGCCAAAGAAAGGGUCUGGCUGGAGCCACAUCAGGGACACUGGACUGGAAGUGGCUCCUUUCUGAGAGCUAAGUAAAAGGGUCUGGGGGCAGUCUCCCUGGAGCUGGGGAUGCAGGAUGCUCACCCCAGAUGUAUCUGGUUCCCUCCUGUUUCCAGUUUUCUGUGGACCUGUGUGGAUUAGGCUUGGGGUCAAGUCUUUCUGGGGUUCGCUGGCCUCUGGAAGUGCUCCUGGGAGCAUUUCCUGCCCCCAUCCCCCGUUCUGGCCUCCUCUGAGGACCACCUACGGUAGGAGAAACAUUUUCCCAAUAACAUCUGCUGGGGAUGGUUCUGCCUGCUAGUAACUAAUGUAGCUUGAACCCUGCCAGAUCCAGAGUCUUCACAGUGGGGACACUGAGCUUCACUUCCAUCUGUCAAGUGGCCCACAGUAGCCAGAUUGAGGAUUUUCUGAGGGUCAUUCUCCAUGGGUGGUUGGUGGACAGUGGUCACAGGUGCCCACCUGACUCUGGCUGGAAUUGCCUAAGCCACUUCUUAGCUCCUUCUUCUCAUCUUUGUAGCCUUGGAUGUGUGGCUGCAGCUUUCUGAAAGUCCCUAGACUGAAGUCUCAUCACUUGGGGUCCUUUCUCUGAGCAGUUUCCUCCACUUUUAGGGCUUUUACCAUGACCUCCACAAAUUUUCUUUUUCAGCUCAGUGGUAGAGCACUUGCCUAGUGUGCAUGAGACCCUGGCUGGGGGAGAGGGAACCCACUGUUUUCUUCCUGACUGUAGUGCUGCAUUUCACCUGCUGGCCACCCACCCCUAGCUGGCAUGUUAAACUCACCUUCCUGUAACAAAACUGACCAUUUUGCUGUCCACACCUCUCCCUACACCUGUGGCUGUUGGUUCUGGGAUCUGUUUGCCCUGUUUCUUCCAAGGGUCUAGGGUUCCUGGUUUAAAUGUGGUGGUGGUGGAACUUAGAUAAAAGUCUUAAGUCAGACAACCUGGGCUCAAACCCUGGCUCUGGGUCACCUUGGGUCAUGUGCUCAACCUCUCUGGAUCUCAGUUCAUCUGUAAAAUGGAAAUACUAAGACCAGCUCCAUGGCCUGUGGGGACUAAAAGACCAAAUGCUCAGAAGCACCAGUGCCAAGUCUGGCCCAUCAGAGGACUGAAAAUGUUGGCCACCAUUAUCAGAGAGGCUUUUGGGAGUUUCCUAGUUCAUACUUGGGUCCUGUUUAUAUUCCCUCUGAUCCAUCCUGCACAGUGAUCAGACCCGUCACUCUUCCCUGCAGACGAUUCUUCAUGGGCUCCUUCGAUAAACCUGGUGUCCCUUGCAGUGCUGUUUUCCCUCUAGCCCACUGCAGUUCUUCAUGCUCUGAUUUGCUCCUGACUGUGUGUGGCAAAGGUGUGGGCUGUCUGGAGGUGUGUUUAGGAAGAGUGUCCGGGCUCUGUGAUACUCCCAGCUGAAGCUGAAGGACCUCCUUGGGUUUCUGUGCUGAGGAAAUGAGGCCUGCCAGGCCAGGGCCCCCAUUAGACAGGACAGGAAAGAAAACAACCUGUCCAAACAGAGGCAUCCUGAGAGGGGCUGCCUGAUAGCUGUGCAGACAGAUGCCAGAAUCCUCUGUUAAGGACCAGUCAGAAGCCUGGUGGCUCAUGUUACUGGCACCCCAGCCUGUCUCUCCAGCCCCACUCCCCUGGGCCACUUAUUCAAGCCCCACCUACUAGGGGCAGCAACUACCUUGUGCUGACUUUGACAUCCUGGCUGGCCUCCAUGGUCAAACUCAGGGGCAGGAGGAUGUCAGCAUCCCUUGCUUUCUAUGGGGAGUAGGCAUAGAGAACUGUAAUUCCUCCCUCUUUCUUCCCUCUGGGAGGAAGCCAUAGCCCACCCGCAGAGUGCUAGAGAGGGGCUUUCCCUGCUUAGUCCUACUGUUUUGGGGUAAACUAGGGUGUUCUAAUGGGAUCUGCGCCUCCCGCAGCUCCUCUUCCAUCUCCCUCUCAUCUCCUUCCCCGAGAUGAGACAGCCUGCACUCCACAGCACAGCCAACAGCUCCUGUUUGGGGGUGGUCCCCAGCACGUCUGGAGGCUGCCCGCAUCUGCAACAACUCCUCCCUUGGGGCCCAGCCUUAGAGGGAAAGGAGGGUGUGUUCCUUUAAGGGGCUGGCCCGGCAGGAGCGCGGAGGUUUGUCGGCUGCCGCUUCCUUUCGGGCCAUUGAAGGUCCCUAAAUCCGUCUGUUGCUUGCGACCCACACAGCCAGCGGCCCAAGCGCUUGGGUCUUGGAAGAGCGUGCUGGGGACGUUUGCCCCAGGGCCCCAGCCUGGCCCAGGAUGCACCGGAGCUGCUGCUGUGGGUGCUGCGCUGCAGCACCAUGGGUCCUGGUCUUGCUGUUCCUGCUGCCCUGCGUUUCUGGACUGCCCUUCUAUAACGGCUUCUACUAUUCCAACAGCCCCAAUGGCAGGAAUCCAGGCAAUGGCUAUGGCGAAGGCCUUUUCAAUGGGGUGAAGUUGGUUGUAGAGACGCCCGAGGAGACGCUGUUCACCCACCGGGGGGCUACUGUGACCCUGCCCUGCCACUACCACUAUGAGCCAGCGCUGGCCUCCCCAAGGCCCGUGCGCAUCAAGUGGUGGAAGCUGUCAGAGAACGGGGCCCCAGAGCAGGAUGUGCUGGUGGCCAUAGGGAAGAGGCACCGCUCCUUUGGGGACUACCAAGGCCGCGUGCACCUGCGGCAGGACAAGGAACGUGAAGUCUCACUGGAGCUCUGGGACCUGCGGCUGGAAGACUAUGGGCGCUACCGCUGUGAGGUCAUUGAUGGGCUAGAGGAUGAGAGCGGCCUGGUGGAGCUGGAGCUGCGGGGCGUGGUCUUUCCCUACCAGCCCCCUCAGGGGCGCUACCAGCUCAACUUCCAUGAGGCCCAGCAGGCCUGUGAGGAGCAGGAUGCAGUAGUGGCCUCCUUUGAGCAGCUCUUCCGGGCCUGGGAGGAAGGCCUGGACUGGUGCAACGCAGGCUGGCUGCAGGAUGCCACGGUGCAGUACCCCAUCACGCUGCCCCGAGAGCCCUGUGGUGGCCUGGGCCUGGCGCCUGGUGUGCGCAGCUAUGGCCCACGCCACCACCGCCUGCAUCGCUACGAUGUUUUCUGCUUUGCUGCUGCCCUCAAGGGGCGGGUGUACUACCUGGAGCACCCCGAGAAGCUGACGCUGAAGGAGGCCCGGGAGGCCUGCCAGGAAGAUGGUGCCCAGAUUGCCAAGGUGGGCCAGCUCUUUGCUGCCUGGAAGUUCCGUGGCCUGGACCGCUGUGAUGCCGGCUGGCUGGCAGAUGGCAGCGCCCGCUACCCUGUGGCUCAUCCCCGUCCCAACUGCGGGCCCCCAGAGCCUGGAGUCCGGAGUUUCGGCUUCCCAGACCCUCAGAGCCGCCUGGAUGGCGUCUACUGCUACCGCCCCCGCUAGGAUCUGGGCGACCAGCUUUGCAUCCCCCCGGGGCUGUGUAUUUAUUGAGUGGUUCCAUUCUCCUAAUGGGUCGGGGCAAUUUUAGUAUUGUUUUUAUACUUCUCAACUUAAAUAUUUUUUAAAAGUAUCAUUAUUUUUUGUAAAUCCAGCAGCAUCCAAGUACCAGCUUCCCUGGACACCCUGAGGCGCUCCCCAUCACAAAUAUUUGAGGUUUGUGAGCCUUUUAGAGGGCUCCCUGCUAUUUCUGAGUCCAGCCUGUGUCCUUCCUCAGAGGAGGCUGAUACCCGAGUGGGCAGUGACCUGGCCACAAGGGGUCAAGGCAUGGUGGCUGCUGCUCUCCCUCUGUCUCGGUCUGGGAAGGAAGAGGAGUUGGUGAUGGGGUGGGGGGGGUCCUUUUUAUUUCUGGAGUGGCUUCCUAGGCUUCUCCUUGAGAUCUGAGGGGAGGGAGAGAAGUCCUCUUCUCCCUUUCUCAUCUCCACUCUGUUUCUUCUCAUUUUCCCUGUGUGGAGAGCUGCCUUCGGGUGUGUGCACCUUCUUUGAAUGAUAAAUGGUGCUAUAACUCCUUCCUUUGUCCCCAACCUGCUUCUGUGCCUGUCUCUCUGUCUCGUCCAGUCUCAGGGCUCAGCUCCCAGCCUGGUGGAUGUGGUAGGUUCAGUUUUGUGCCAUGCUUCACAGGUGGCGGGGUCAGCGCACCUGGGGUGGGCAGGGAACUCCGUGUGCUGCCCCAGGCCGUGUGCUGCCCCAGGCCGUGCCCUGCCUCUGGUACUGGUCCAGCAGCUGGCUCCCUGGCUUGCAUCCCCCAGCCCCUGAUAGUGUGUCUGUGUGAGGCCCAGCAAGAGAGAGGAAGGUGCCCUCUGGAGGGCCUCAGAAGCCAGGCUCUCGGGCCUGAUCCUCUGGGCCUCACCCUGAAGGAAGGCACUUUGGUUGCUUCUCACAGGCAUGCCCUGCCACUUACCUCUCAGUAAUGCCAUCAGUUUUUCACCAGCCCAGUGCUACUCAAAGUCUGGCCAGUAGCAGCGGCAGCAGCAGCAGCACUUAGAAUGCAUUAGAAAUGCAAAUUCCUGGGCCUUACCUACAGAGUUAGAAACUCUGGGGUUGAGAUUAGGCCCCUUGUUAUCACAAAUCCUCCAGGGGAUUCUGAAAGCCACUAGCAUAGAUGGUUGUUUUACCAAUUACAGAUAGUCUCUGAUGUAUGAUAAUUUGACUUACGAUUUUUUUUUUUGCACUUGGCAUUGAACCCAAGGGUGCUUUAAAUCUGAGCUACAUCCC